CGUCAGACCAACUGUGCAUGUCGGGUCGGCUUGCCCGAUGGUGACGGGCAGUCUGCCCUUGUAAUGGUGUGGCCCCCAGGUGAAUUUAGGGUUCUCAGUAUUAAAACUUCUUAGCCAGCCAUUUUGAUGGGUCCUUUGCAUUCGAUCUGAAAAGAGAAAAAGAAAAAAUAUCUCUUGAUUUUUCAAAAGCAUGUUCUUCAGUAAUCAAAUGGCUGGCAUUUGCUGUGGAGUUGUCGGAGAAAGUGAAGUGGCGGCUCCGGUUGAACCAACCUCAAGAGCUUCUCGCCGCCGGAGAACGGAGCUUCGUCCGUUUAAGUUAGUAGCCGACGCUGCCGUUCCACCGCCCUUGGAAACCGGCCGAAAACGGCAGAAGCUCGAUCUCGAUCUAUUCCUCCCGGCUUCUUCUCGAGACUCUGAUAACGCUGUUCAAAACUCGGAUACUGACAAGCUUAAGAAAGAUCACGAAUCUAAUGAAGGUGUAAAUUCUAAUGGAACAGUGAAAUUAGAGACCGAUAAUUCGAUAGAAGAAGAAAAUGAAUCGCUGAAGUUCGGUGUGACUUCCGUUUGUGGAAGGAGACGAGAUAUGGAAGACGCCGUUUCGAUUCACCCGACGUUUUGUUCAUCGGAUAUUCACUUUUUCGGCGUCUUCGACGGCCAUGGCUGCUCUCAUGUUGCGAUGAAGUGUAGAGAUCGCUUUCACGAGAUAGUAAAAGAAGAAAUCGAAGCGUGCGGCGGAGGAAAGGCGGUGGAAUGGAAGCGAACGAUGGAGAGAAGCUUCAAGAGGAUGGAUAAGGAAGUUCAAGAAUGGACAGUGGACGCCAAGGAGAGUUCGAGUUGCCGAUGCGAACUUCAAACUCCACAGUGCAACGCUGUUGGAUCCACCGCAGUGGUUGCUGUUGUCACGCCGGAUAAGAUCAUCGUCGCCAACUGCGGCGAUUCCCGCGCUGUUUUAUGUCGAAAUGGCGUCGCUUUCCCCCUCUCCGACGAUCACAAGCCGGACCGGCCCGAUGAAUUGCUCCGAAUCAAAGAAGCCGGUGGCCGAGUAAUCUACUGGGAUGGCCCUCGAGUUCUUGGCGUUUUAGCCAUGUCUAGAGCAAUUGGCGAUAAUUAUUUAAAACCCUUUGUCAUACCGGAGCCAGAGGUGACAAUAACGGAUAGAAAAGGGGGAGACGAGUGUUUGAUAUUGGCGAGCGACGGAUUGUGGGAUGUGGUGACAAAUGAUACAGCAUGUGGGGUGGCGCGUAUGUGCUUACGCGCUCAAAGGCCGCCAUCGCCACCUGGGUCACUGGGUAGUGACGCAGCGGUAAAAGGUGGCGCAGCCGAGAGUUCGGAUAAGGCGUGUUUGGAUGCUUCCAUUUUGUUAACCAAGUUGGCCUUGGCUAGGCAUAGCACGGAUAAUGUUAGCGUUGUUGUUGUUGGUUUGAAGAAAAAUCAGCUGCAAUAAUUAAAUUAAAAAUAGAAUUACAGACAUUAAUGUUUAAUUGGAAAAAAAUAUUAAAUGAAAGAAAAUAGCUUUUUUUUUUUUCCUGAAAUUGUAAGAUGUAGAGUUUCAGUUUCAAUCUUGAUGAAGAAUUCAAGGAAAAGAAAAGAAAACUUGGG